CACGGAGAGCGCACCGGGCCAUUGAUUCGCACAAAAAUAGCAGCGGGAGCAGCAACGAAUCGCCGACGUCUUCGUUCGAGAGUCGGGGGCUUUUGCAGUUGGCACAUGUCUUUGUCAACCAUGAACGUGGUGCUCAAGUGGGUGCUGUACCACACCAUGUCUGGAGCGUAUCCUUCCACGAAUCUGGCAAUCGCGUACGGGCCUCUGCCACAGUGGAGGUCGUUUUCCCUGCUGUACUUGGCGUCUAUGUGCCGACCCGAAUACUACCAAGUGGCUGGGGACACGUUGCACACGGCCUGCAAGCCUCCCAAUCCCCGUUGCCGAAUUCGUGACAGUGGAGUUACCGCAAGAGAGAGGCAGCUUAUUCUAAAAAUGCACAACAGGUUCCGAAGCAAAGUGGCAUUUGGUCUUCUUCCUGGAUUCCCACCGGCGGCUAACAUGCGGAAGCUGUACUGGAAUUCUGAGCUUGCCUCUGUGGCCCAGGCGCACGCCAAUCAGUGCACCUCUGAGUGGGCGUACAAGCACGACGAACCCAGUGCGAGGAAGACGGUGAACUUUGACACCGUGGGCCAGAACGCAGCCUGGGAGGCCUUCAACUACGACCAGAGCAAGCGCUCGUGGCGAACGCAGAUCGACAACUGGAUCGCCGAGUACGCGGACUGUCCGGCCGACAGGAUCGCCUACUUCCGGGACAGGGACGAUGGCGUGCGCAUCGGUCACUUCACUGAGCUCAUUUGGGCUGAUGCACAGUACGUCGGCUGCGGUUACUCGUACUACACUCUGGACGGCGUCGAAGGUGACAAGAAGUACCAAGGCUUCUACGUGUGUAACUACGCCCCCACGGGAAACGUGUUCUCAAAGCCCAUUUACCAGGCAGGACCAACGUGCUCGUCUUGCCCCGAGGGACUUGCGUGCGAACGCUUCAGCGGUCUCUGCAGGAUGCGAUGACGCCACUACGCCCAUGACGCCCAAGCUAUUACCUCGCCAUGUCCACCAGCUCGAAUAGCAUUUAAUUGUGUUGCGGAUGUUGAGUCUCUAAACAUGCUAAUUCUUCAAACACGUCCUCUUCAUCUUCGCGCGGACCAUUCGACCUUUCAGCAGUACCAGAAAAAGUUUAGCAUUUGCAGUUCAAGCCAGCCAUCUAAUUUCAAGUAGGGUAGAUAGCACAAUAGCAACGUGCACGUGCAAAUGAAGACAGCUGAACUCAUCCUGACUAACUUCCUAGCUUUGGCCAAACCUUAUUCUAUCUCUCUUUAAAACGAAAUUGGGACUCUGCAACGGCUGUAAGACUGGUUUGUAGGGUGUUUCAUCUCUGCCGUAUGUUAUUUUUUAAUCCGCCUGUUGGUUCCAAGACUGCAACCUACUUAGCAUUGUUCGCUGUACAACUAAGGAAUUCAAAGGUAUUACUAUGACCUUAGGCAUAGAGGUAACAAUAAUGAAUUGACCAGCUUUUAAACCAGCGAUUUAAACCAGGGUGUCGAUGCCAAAUUUUUUUCGGGUUUGGCUCGAAUGCAGGUUCACGUCUUCCGGGUUCGGUUCAGCUUCAUCUCCGGAGCGAAGUUUGUAACGGUUCGAACCAAUUCAGAGCCUUGUGAACUGGUUCGUUCGGGUUCAAACAAGUUGGAAGAAAAAGAUACGUUCGCGUGCUUCCAGUUUCUGGCGGGGGGGCAACGCAUGGUACAUUUGGAGAGACCAGUUCGCUUUGAUUAGGAUUGCUGCGAACCAUGUUUUCAUUUUCAAGGGCAUUGAUUAAACCGCACACAAAAAAAUACACUGCACUGUUGUAUAUAGGCACGUCGAAGUUGUAGAUAUACAGGGUUUUGUGGCACCCUGUGAAACUAUAAAAUGCACUUGUCGAAUAAAUAACGUGACGUGUACAAUAACCCUUCUAAUCCAACCCUACGGCAGGAAGCCACGCUCUAUCUAUUUGUGACUAUUGAGGGCGCCAUAUUAAAAUGUUGUAUAAUUAGCGAUCUUUAAUUGUUCGAGGAAUUCGGGUCCCAUAGCGUAUAGUUACGGGGUCAGAUUAUAUUCAACACAGGAAGUAAGAAAGACACACACCUAUUGUGCCAGUUUACCACUAAGAUUGCUCGCGCACGUUUUUUGCAUUUUUCUGUGAAAAACAAACGAACAAGCCUGAUCUAAAGCCUAUUAAACCGCACAUUUGCCUUAAGCUUUGUAAAAGUGAAAAAGGCGCCCAGUUAUGAAAACAAACACGUAAUAUCAUUUCUCAAAAGGGAGCAGUCGCACCUAAGAUCACUUAACAAAUAUUUCCUGAAUUCAUAAAUAUGUAGCUAAAAAUAUUUAGAGGAGCCCAAAUAAGUAACUUAGAGCACUCAACAAAUGUAUAAUACUUUAGCUAAGGGGCGCAGCGGUUGCAAGAAUGCAAAUAAUUAAAAAUUCAUUUGUACCAAAUCAGGUAAAUUUCUUGAUGUUCAAAAAAAUAUGCAGUGAACUUCCGCUAAUUUGCACAAUCACAGCUGAAUUUCUGGCAAGCUGUUCUUUUGGAGCAGCUACAAUAAAAAUUCCAGUUGCACGCACAACUUAAACGACACACUUUGGAACACUGCCCGCAUAUGACGGUCUCGAGAACUCUCUCGCAAAAUUUUCGACAGGGCCGUACUUCACGCAGAUAAUUUUAACUGCGCGAGCGCAUCAGCCAUAAUGUUCGUACAUCUUUUUUUUUAAUCUGUUGCUUUACGGGCAAUAACCACUAUUUCAUGAUGAGGCACGCCGUAGGGAAGAACUGUGGAUUAAUUCUGGCCACCUGGGAUUCGUUACCGUGCACCGAACCCAUGGUACACGUUGCUUUUUUGUUCUUUUUUUUGCAUUUUAACUCUACCGAAAUGCGGCCGCCGGGAUUCGAUCCCGCGCCCCCGGGUUUAUUAGUGCAGCACCUUGGCCAGAACGCCACCAGGGCGGGUUCGUCCAUAUUCGCCAAAGUUGAUCUCGGUGACUCUUCUUGUUCUUCCAGUACGGGUAGCUAAAUUCUACACUGAAUAUUAAAGCACACUUUGAAGUUUGCCUACACAAAACUCGGUAAACAUCGCGUGGCGUGACAUUUGCAGACGGACUGCUGGGCUAGUUGGUACAUGUCGACAGGUAAAAACCGAACGCGGCAGCGAGACCGGACAAGAGACACCGCUGUACACAGGUGUUCGUCAGGUGCUGAGCACCUGUCCAGUUUUCCCUCUCGUCCUGUUUCGAUUUCGUGCCAAUUCUUUAGCCAUCACACUUUUUAGCGGCGUGGGUGGAGAUCAUGGACGAAUAAAACAUUUUCUGGCAUUCCUUUACGAUAUGUGUUGCAUCCUGGCUUCAAACUGCUUCACAAACAAGAGAGUAAGGACAUCUAAGCGCUAUGCAGAGCGCUUUCAAUCACAUGAAGUCUCAAAUAGCAGGUGUACACUACGAUGUCCGCUCUCUCUCUGUCUCUUACGUCAUUAGGUUGUCACCGACUGCGCUUUGCCGUGAAAAGUUUCUACGAAGCCACAAUCGUACUGCAGAAGGAACAGCAGGCACUGAAGGUACAUUAGAAACUGUAUCCCGCAUGUCGAACGGGGCAACCAGUUCGCUACUGCUCCCGAAAACAGCCCAUGUCAACAUGUUUUAUCCAGAGACGUAUACAGAGCCUUAUUGCCAAGAUUGUGGUGCUUUAGCCAUGCUCGAACACAUGCUCUGGUCUUGCGAAAGAAUUGAAGACUCGGCGAUCAAGGAUGCGUCCAGGUGGGAGGCUGCACUUCGCAGCCCGGACUUGGAUGAACAAUUCUGGGCUGUCCAGCAGGCUCACGAUGUGGCCGUGAGGCUUGGCCUACCGGUCCCGACGUGGGAGCGGCCCGCUUAGUGAUUAAUUAUCACUACUUGCAGGACCAAAUAAAAUUUUCCUUCCUUCCUUCCUUCCCGAGCCCAGCAGUAUAUAUCCUCCACGACAACGCAGCGUCAGUAACGGUCUGUCCAGACAAUUCGUGUGCCGAUUUUGCGUACAGUGUAUAGUUGAGAUGACGGAGCGUACACUACAUUGAGACAACGGGGACACUGUGGCGAGCCACGUGACUAUUGCGUAGGUAACUUAUUACGUGCUGCACCGGAGAGGGGCAAGAAAAUCAUCUACCUUCGUAAAAUUUUAGUAACAAUGACGCUGGGCUAGGCUUGGGACCAAAUCGGUUCGGAACGGCUCGUGCAAGAAGUUUUCGGUUCGGGUUCGCUUUCGAGAUGACGGAAAAAUAUCGGUUCGGUUCCAGUUAAGCUGAAAAAAAAGGUUCAGGCUGACGUUUUCUGCUCACUUCUGGUUCGGUUCGACACCCGGAUUUAAACGCAAGAUCUUCAAUGUACAAGUUGUAGAGUCAAUUGAGAAAUAAAAAAAAAAGUUCUUUCCCUGAUAAUAGAUGGUGUGGUUUUAAUUUUUGGGGCUGCAAAGAAAGCACGCGAGAUUUGAGGAAGUUCCACGCGACUACAAGCUUGCGCUCACGGACAUUAUUGUCGUCAAGCGUAAUAAUAAUGAAGGAUUGAAGCCGCACGCAGAGCGAAAACACGACAGACCUUAAGAAAAAAAAAAGGCGAUGGCCACCCCGCUCACCUCCCAUACUGCCAAAACCUCCUCACUCUUUACGCUACCUGCAAACAGCAAGAACAUUGACAGAGCUUCAAGAAUGUUCAGGUGCUAUUGGUCGGACAUCCCCUCACUUCAACCGGCAAGAUGCCUCGACGAAAGUGGAAGUCGAGACCAUUGCGAUCGGUUCAUCUCCAUUGCCCAAGGUCUGUUGGUGCCUUGAGUCUGCAAGCAGCAUCGAUCAUCUGUUCGUAAAAUGUUUGAGGAUGCUAAUUCCGUUACGUAUAAGUGCGCAGUCAUAUGGCACUGUUUUCAAAUCUUGUGCGCUUUCUUUAGAACCCGCAAAAGUUAAACUU